AACUUGGUCUGAAAGACUCAGUAGUAAAUUUUUAUUAUCUGAAGUGAAGUCGCCAAACGUCCCUUCACCGCCGUUUACAACGUCUUUUAUAGUUUCUUGUGUCUUUCACAGUCUGUUUUGAGAUAGACAGACAGACAGACAGAUACAGCUAGAGAUAGAUAAAGGGAGAGAGAAACACAAAUUCACGGCUUCACGCUAAAAGCCUGUUCUUUCUUCCUUCUCUCUGUCUGCAGCGUUGUCGGGUGAGGUUUUGAGAAAUGGAGGAAGGGGUGUUGCUGAAGAAGAUAAUGAAAAGGCAGGAGCCUUUAGUAAUGGUGAUAGCGUUUCUUCUUCUUCUUUGUUCUCAUGCUUCUUCACUCAAUGACGAAGGGAAGGCGUUGAUGUCGAUAAAGGCAUCAUUUAGCAAUGUGGCAAAUGUACUGCUCGACUGGGAUGAUGUUAACAAUUUUGACUUUUGUUCUUGGCGUGGUGUUUUCUGUGACAAUUCUAGCCUUGCUGUGGUUUCCCUGAACUUGUCAAAUUUGAUUCUUGGCGGGGAGAUUUCAUCGGCCAUUGGUGAUUUAAGGAGCUUGCGGUCCUUAGACUUGAUGGGGAACAAAUUGACAGGACAAGUUCCAGAUGAGAUUGGAAACUGUGGUUCGCUUGUUUAUCUGGACUUAUCUGACAAUCUUUUGUAUGGUGACAUACCUUUCUCCAUAUCCAAGCUCAAGCGGCUCGAAUUUUUGAAUCUGAAGAACAAUCAGCUAACAGGUCCUAUUCCUUCGACCUUAACCCAGAUUCCGAACCUGAAAACUCUUGAUCUAGCAAGAAACCGGCUUUCGGGAGAGAUACCGAGGCUAAUCUACUGGAAUGAAGUCUUGCAGUAUCUUGGCUUGCGCGGCAAUAUGUUGAUUGGAACUCUUUCACCUGAUAUAUGUCAAUUGACUGGCCUAUGGUAUUUCGAUGUUCGGGGAAACAAUUUAAGCGGUAGCAUCCCGGACAGCAUUGGUAAUUGUACAAGUUUUGAAAUCUUAGACAUUUCCUAUAAUCGGAUUACUGGGGAGAUACCGUACAAUAUCGGUUUCCUUCAAGUUGCAACUUUGUCACUACAAGGAAAUAAGCUCACUGGGAAUAUCCCGGAGGUCAUCGGUUUAAUGCAGGCCCUUGCUGUACUGGACUUGAGUGAGAAUGAACUAGUCGGGCAUAUUCCACCAGUACUUGGCAAUUUAUCGUUCACUGGAAAAUUGUACCUUCAUGGAAACAAGCUGACCGGUCCAAUUCCACCAGAGCUGGGCAAUAUGUCAAAACUUAGUUACUUACAAUUAAAUGACAACCAUCUCGUUGGUUCUAUCCCUUCCGAGCUCGGGAAGCUGGAGCAGUUGUUUGAAUUGAAUCUUGCCAACAAUCAUUUAGAAGGACCCAUUCCGCAUAACAUCAGCUCCUGCACUGCUCUGAAUAAGUUCAAUGUGCAUGGUAAUCGCCUAAAUGGGACUAUUCCACCAGGCUUCCAGAAUUUAGAGAGCUUAACCUAUUUAAAUCUAUCCUUGAACAAUUUCAAAGGCCGGGUACCUGUUGAACUUGGACAUAUCAUUAAUCUUGAUACUUUGGAUCUAUCCGGCAACAACUUUUCAGGCCCUCUACCUGCUUCCAUAGGUGAACUGGAGCAUCUUCUUACACUGAACUUGAGUGAUAACAAACUUGAUGGACAACUACCUGCCGAGUUUGGGAAUCUCAGAAGCAUACAAAUCAUUGAUCUCUCAUUCAAUUGUAUAACCGGCAACAUUCCUGUAGAGUUUGGUCAGCUGCAAAAUAUUGUUUCUCUAAUACUAAAGAACAACAAGUUGCAAGGUGAAAUCCCUGAGCAGCUUACGAAUUGUUUCAGUCUUACUAACCUGAAUGUGUCGUACAAUAACUUAUCCGGCGUCAUACCUCCGACAAGAAACUUCUCCCGGUUUUCAUCCGAUAGCUUCCUAGGAAACCCGAUGCUCUGUGGAGAUUGGCUGGGAUCAAUAUGUCGCCCAUCUAUGCCAAAGUCUAGAGUUUUCUCCCGAGCUGCUGUUGUUUGUAUGACUUUGGGCUUCAUCACUUUGGUGGCUAUGACCAUUCUUGCAAUUUAUAAGUCGAACCAACAGAAGCAAGUGAUGAAGGGUCCUAUGAAAUCUGUUGCGCAUCCACCGAAGCUGGUUGUUCUUCACAUGGAUAUGGCUAUUCAUACCUUUGAUGAUAUAAUGAGAUUCACUGAUAAUUUGAGUGAUAAGUACAUCAUAGGCUAUGGUGCUUCUAGCACGGUAUACAAAUGUACAUUGAAAAAUUCCCGUCCAAUUGCAAUUAAGAGACUCUACACCCAUUUCCCGAACAACUUGAGGGAGUUUGAGACUGAACUCGAAACCAUUGGCAGCAUAAGACAUAGGAACAUUGUCAGCUUGCAUGGCUACUCGUUAUCUCCGUACGGGAACCUUCUGUUCUAUGACUAUAUGGAGAAUGGCUCAUUGUGGGAUCUUUUACAUGGGCUGUCCAAAAAGGUGAAGCUUGACUGGGAAACAAGGUUGAAGAUUGCUGUUGGAGCAGCACAAGGGCUUGCUUAUCUUCACCAUGAUUGCAGCCCUCGAAUUAUUCACAGGGAUGUCAAGUCCUCGAAUAUUCUUCUAGACGAAAAUUUCGAGGCUCAUCUGUCUGAUUUCGGGAUUGCCAAGUGCAUACCAACAACAAAGACACACACCUCUACUUAUGUUCUGGGAACCAUUGGCUAUAUUGACCCGGAAUAUGCCCGUACCUCACGUCUUAAUGAAAAAUCAGAUGUUUAUAGUUUCGGCAUUGUUCUUCUAGAGCUUCUGACCGGGAAAAAGGCUGUGGACAAUGAAUCGAAUUUACAUCAACUGAUACUGUCUAAGGCUGAUGAUAAUACGGUGAUGGAAGCGGUUGAUCCAGAAGUCUCAGUUACAUGCAUGAACUUGACUCAUGUCCGAAAGACAUUCCAACUUGCUUUGUUGUGCACUAAGCGACUCCCGUCUGAGAGACCAACCAUGCAUGAGGUUGCAAGGGCUUUGGUCUCCCUUCUUCCAUCGGCUCCAGCGCCUAAGCUCUGUUCGGCUCCAACAAAACCAGUCGACUAUGCUCGGUUUAUCGUAGACGAAGGACUGCAGCGGUCACAAAAGGAGCAGCAACAAAGGCAGCAAGUCCCACAGGAGACCAACUCAUCUGAUGCUCAAUGGUUUGCUCGGUUCCGAGAAGUCAUUUCUAUGAACACCCUUUAAAGCUAUCUGUCUUGAGAGGAUUCCCACUUUUGUAUGUUUCGAGGGGCUAUUUUCCGUCUCCAGAUCCUCUGAAAGUAUAUAAACAUAGGGGCGACCGAGCAACUGAGUUUUGGCUUUUUGUUAGAAACCCUGUUUUGCUUUGCUUGCGGCCAAAUCGGAGCCAGUGAUAUAUUAUAAUCAAGAAACUGGAUUAGAUACUUAAAUUUGUACUUACUGUAUUUCAGGUAUUACAAUGUUCCGAGUAUUUUUAUAAACAAAUUUAAGCCAACUUUUCAUUAUCUAUCGAAAGUAGUCUUUCAAAUUCAA